AUGGAUUCAUCUUUAAAGGCAAAGGCGGAGAAAUGGGCCUUGAAAGUUGGAUUUGAGCGUGACCAAGACCAGAAAGUGCACAUCAAAACCAACCAAGAUGCUUAUAUCUGCCCCCAAGGCAUCCAGGUCACCAGCAACGAGUCACUUAAGGUGGGUAAGGCCGUGUACUCUCAACUUCUCCACCUCUGGGACAAGGCCCCUAGAAAUCUCACGAACUUCACCACCCACAUCUUCUUCGUAAUUGAUUCGAUGAAUAGUUCAUCUUUUGCAGAUGGUCUUGCCUUCUUCUUGGCUCCCGUCGGUGGUAAUUUAAAUGGUGGAGGUGCCAUGGGGCUUCCCACAAGCUCUUUUUUGGCUGUAGAGUUUGAUACAUUUCAGAACAGUUGGGACCCUCAGAACAUUAAUCCUGUUACCCAUGUAGGUGUUAAUAUCAACUCUCUUACAUCUAGUGUUACGGCAGUUUGGUAUAAUGAUAUACCUCAUGGGAUAGAGAAUGAGGCUUGGAUAAGUUAUGAUUCUGGUUCCAAGAACUUGAGUGUGAUCUUCACCGGUUUUAGAAACAAUACCAGAGUUGAAAGAAGCCUCCAUUUACUAGUUGAUCUAAGUUACUUGCCAGAAUGGGUUGAGUUUGGUUUCUCAACUGCAACAGGAUCUGGUUUCGAGAAAAAUAAUGUGUAG